AUGGCGAGCCGUCGCCAGAAGCAAUUCGAUCGCAAAUACAGCUCGUACAGGAAAGUCACGGCAAGUGAAGAUGUGAACUACAGUUCACAUUCGUCUCGAUCGAGUUUUCGAUCCGAGUCGGUCACAUCACGCAGUGACAGACGUGGACGUUCAACUAGUUCCGAGAUUGUUAUGAGCUCGGAUACUCGAUCGUAUCCGGUAUACAUUGCUAUCCAAGACUAUCAGCCAGAUGCCAACGACAUUGAGGGGAUACCAUUGGAACAAGGUCAGAUCGUCGAGGUGCUCGACAAAAAGAAUCCAACCAGUUGGCUGGUACGGACGAAGGCUCGUCCUCCGCAGUCCGGCUGGAUACCUGGAUCUUACUUUGAAACUCCAACCGAAUACUACAAACAACGCAGGAGAACGCGAGAAAUUGAGGCUACUAGCAUGACUAUGACCGAGGAUCAGGAAGCACUGCUGAAACGAGACCAAGUCUACCAUGAUCUGCUACGCUCUGAAGAGGAAUUCGUCGCAGAACUUCGCACCUGUGUCGAUAACUAUAUUCGUGUUCUUGACGACAGCAGCGUGCCGCCACAAAUUGCGGCCGCUAAGGAAAAAAUUGCUUUGAACAUCACUGAACUCUACAAUUUUCACGCAAAUGUGAUGCUAAAAGGGCUCAACUAUUACUCGGAUGAUCCUGGAAAGGUAGGACAAACGUUCGUGCGAUUAGAACGUGAUUUUGAUCAUCACGUACAAUUCUUCAAAGAUUUACCCGCUACACUUGAGCUAUUGGAGCAACAACCGUUCAAGGAUUUCUUCCAGUCACUUUCCAACAAAUACGAAGCCGGUGCUCACAGCUUUGCCGAGCACCUGAAAAAUGUCUCCGAAAGAAUCACUCACUAUCAGAACUACUUUAAGGAGUUUGUUAAGUAUACUGCAAGAGCUAAUCAGAGCAGCAAGAGCAUGCAGAAGGCGCUCGAACUAACGCUGGGAAUACCGCAACGAGUGCACGAUCUCGUCUACACGAAUAACAUUCAGCAAUAUCCUGGUGAUACUGGAAAACUCGGACGACUUAUUAGACAUGACUCGUUCGAAGUUGCAGAGGGAGAUGAGCCAAGCAAGGAACGUUAUGUGUUCCUUUUCAAGAACAAACUGAUGAUUACGGACAAGAACGACCGCAGCACUCCUGCCACAUACACUCACUACGCUACAAUCCGGUUGGACAAAUACACUGUAAGCGCUCACAAGACGAACGAGGACACAAUUGUCCUAAAGCCGAACGAAUUAGGAUUACCCGAAUUCAGUCUUAAACCUAAAGACUCUGGGACUUCUGAAUACGUACGAAAAGCAUGGCUAAAGGACAUCGCUGAGGAGCAGGAAGCAUAUGCUGCUGAACAUGAACAAACGGACACCACAUCGGAAUUUGACAUGCAUCUCAGCGAUAUGCGUUCGGAGUUCAGCGAGUAUUCAAGCUCAAGGAAGAGCUCAGUCUUUCCUGGUCCAGAAGAGGGUGGCCCUCCACGAAAAAAGGUGAAAUCACCACCCGCAAUUUCACCAACCGGAUCCUCUACGAGUAUUUAUUCGGGUGGAAGCAGUAGUAUAGAUUGGACGACAACCGGUACGACGCUUGAAAUGCAGGGAACACGUGUGACGCGAACACAGUACGGUUUCCGAACGUUACAAGAAUCCUCAGCAAAGAUGUGCCUUAAAGUUACCGGAUAUCCAUUGCCAGAGAUCACGUGGUAUAAAGAUGACGUGCAAUUACAUGAAGAUGAUCGACACACAUUUUACGCUGAUGAUGAUGGCUUCUUUGCGAUGACUAUCGACCCAGUGCAGGUCGCAGAUACAGGCCGUUACACAUGUAUGGCAACGAAUGAAUACGGUCAAGCCUCAACAUCUGCCUUCUUCCGAGUACUAAAGGUCGAAAAAGAAGCUGCGCCACCGAAAUUUGUAAAUACUUUGAAAGACCAGGAAUGCAAAGAAGGCGAAGUGAUCAGCUUCGAAUGCGAGGUCGAGGGAUGGCCAGAACCAGAACUAGUUUGGCUGGUCGAUGACCAACCGCUACGACCAUCUCAUGAUUUCAAGAUAGAAUACGAUGGUAUGAAUGCAAAAUUGGAAAUCAGAGAUGCCCAACCAGAUGAUACGGGUGUCUAUUGCGUGAAACUCCAAAACGAAUUCGGUACAGCUGAAAGCAAGGCUGAACUGGUUGUCAUACCAGAUCCAGACAAGAACCAUGUAGCACCUGAAUUCCAGGCCACCAUUGAAGAUGUGGAGUGCGACGAAGGUGAUGAAGUUCGAUUCAAAUCAGUGAUCACUGGUGAUCCUACUCCAGAAAUUACAUGGAUGAUCAACGGUAUCCCGCUAACUGAAUCAGAAAAGAUUCGUUUCAUUUCUGAAGACGGCAUCUGCAUUUUGAUAAUUAAAGACGUGACAAGGCAUUUUGACGGCACAGUAACUUGUCAGGGUUCAAAUCGUCUCGGGACAACCAGCUGCGAUGGUCGCCUAAAAGUACGAGUACCGCUAGCGCCACCGUCGUUUGCAAAACCGCUGGAGGACAGAGUGGUACAAGAAAAUUCUGUGGUCUCAUUCGAGGUUGAUGUGUUAGGUUGGCCAGAACCCACCGUAACGUUCACCUUAAAAGGAAAAGAGCUAAAACAUGGCGUAGACGGCGUCGAAAUCGCUGGUGCUGACGGGUUUUACAAGGUGAUCAUCUCCGGAUGUAAGAUGGACCAGCACGAUGGUGAGAUCGUGUGUCGAGCAGUAAACGAACAUGGUACAGCGGAGAGCCGAGCUCGACUCACUGUUGAGCCGAUGGAGGAGGAAUCCCGAAGUGCACCGACGUUUAUCAAGGAUAUUGAAGAUCAGACUGUCAAAUACGGCGUUCACGCCGUCUUCGAAACAACAGUCAGGGGUUCUCCGAAUCCAGAAGUCACUUGGUACAUUAACGGAGUGAAGAUGGACAAGGAUACACCCGGAGUGAAGAUUGAGGUCGUCAACCACGAUCACAAACUAACCAUAGACUCGGCACAUUACGCUGGUACCGUACUAUGCAGGGCCGAAAAUGUGGUUGGUCGAUUCGAGACGAAAGCGCGCCUAACCGUAAUUCCACAGGAGAAACCGAAAAAGGCGCCACGCUUUUCCGAAUUGCUCACCGACAAGACGGAGACCGAAGGAAACACUGUUGUGUUCGAGGCACGAGUGGAAGCAGAGCCGAAGCCGGAUAUCAAAUGGUACUUGAAGGGAGUUGAACUGACGGCUUCUGAGCACAUUGAAAUUCGCGAAUUUGAUGGAUCAGUGAAACUGGAACUACGAGGAAUUAAACUCGACGAUACUGGCGAUAUAAAAUGCACAGCAAUUAAUUCUGAGGGAUCGGCAGAAACUUCCAGUAAACUGACUGUGAAUCGGAAGCCGUUUCCACCAUCAUUCGAUAAACAACCCCAAAGUAUUACUGUGGAGAGAGGAUCCGAGGCAAGAUUCGAGGCGCACGCAGAGUCGAGUCCAGCCCCUACGUAUCAAUGGUCGAUUGACGGAAGGAAGAUUCGCGAGAGCACGGAAGGUGCUCGCGUAGAAAUGAUCAACGGCAUGUCAGUGCUGAUCGUUGAUACUUCAAUACAUUCUCUAUCGUCGACCAUUGCCGUUGUCGCCGAGAACAGUCUCGGAGUGGACGAGACCGGCGCUCGACUCACGGUUGAGGAGAAGAAGUUACCCAAAAUCACAAAGGAUCUCCGUGACCAAAAAGUGGUCAAAGGCGAACAAGGUAAAUUUGACGUUGUUGUCGAAAAUGCUAAAGAAGCUAAAUGGUAUCAUAAUGGCACAGAGCUGACGACGACUACUGAAGGUGUCAAAAUCACCGAAGAGACAAAAUACGAAUUUAAAUUAUCGAUCGACUCGACAAUUUUUCUGACUGGUACUAUUUCUGUAAAGGCUACGAACGAAUCGGGCACGGCGGAAACGAAAUGCGAAAUGAAGGUCAUUGAAAAACCAGAAUUAAAGGACAAACUGCAAGAUGUAGCCGCAACAUUGGGCGAACCUUUGAAGGUUGAAGUUACGGCUGUGGGACAACCGCAAUUCAAGUGGUUGAUCAAUGGACAGGUUCUAGAGGACGGCAAAGAUGGCGUACGAAUCACUACCGAUAAUGAAAAAUCCACACUUUCAAUAGACAAAGCUGAACCGAUACAUAGCGGAAAACUCACUAUUAUCACCUCAAAUGAAGCGGGUACACUAGACUCAUCAUGUCAAAUAGCAGUAAACCCAGGACAGACUGCACCAAAAAUUACAGAUGGACCAACAAAUGUCACCAUUAAGGAGAAGGAGACUGCAGAAUUCAAGGUGAAAAUCACCGGCUUACCCGAGCCAACCGUCAAAUGGUCGAUCAAUGACAAACUGAUCGAGGAGAGCAACACGGUAAUGAUAUCACGAGUUGAGAACGAAUACACGCUCAAGAUCACCGAAACUAGCACAUCGCACACGGGUACGGUGAAGGUGACCGCUGAAAAUGCUGUGGGCAGUGACUCGAAGACGGCGGAACUGAAGGUUGAAGAAGGGCUAACAGCGCCAAAUUUCAUUUCUCAAAUGUCGGACACAACGGUAAAUGUGGACGAGCAGUUGAAAAUGCAAGUGGUUCUGGAGAAAGCACAUCCGCUUACAAGUGUCAAAUGGUACAAUAAUGGUAGAGAAAUGCAGCCCGGUCCGGGUGUAGAGAUGACCGAACCUCAACCGGGUACGUAUAAUCUCGUCAUCGAACACGUCAAAGAGGAAAUGGCUGGCACGAUAACCGCGAAGGGAUCCAAUCCGAUCGGAGAGUGCGGCUGUGUGGCUAAGCUCACCGUCGCAAAAGCCUCGAAAAAACCGGAAUUCACAAAGACACCGCAGAAUCACGAAGCCUAUCUUGACGAUGAAAGUGUGAAAUUUAGCGCUAUCGUCGUGGGAACACCCACACCUAAGAUCACUUGGUUCCUUAACGACAAGAAACUCGAGAACAGCGAAGAAAUCAAAGUAAAAUUCGAUGAAGACACUGGUAAAACGUCAAUCCGCAUCUACAAACCCCAGCUAACUCAUAGCGGUACUGUAAGGGUGACUGCUGAAAAUGAGGCUGGAAGCGUAAGCGCUACUGCUACACUGAAGGUUGAGAAAAGGACCGAAGUGCCGAAAUUCACUAGCAAUAUGGAUGAUCGACAAGUUAAUGAAGGUGAUACAGUCAAGUACACCUCCACUGUUGAAGGUUUCCCAGAGCCCGUAGUGGAAUGGCUGCUCAAUGGGGAGCCUGUGGGCAAGCAUCCGAACAUCACCGUCACCGACGAUGCUGGCAAGCACACCAUCGAAAUCAAAGAAAUCACUCCCGAGCAGUCCGGAGAAUUGUCUUGCCAAGCUUCAAAUCCUGGAGGAAUGAAGAAGCAGAAUGUGACUUUAAAUGUAAAACGAGUAGGAGAAGCACCGACAUUUUCGAAAAAUCUCGAAGACCGCCUCGUUACUGAGGGAGAAGUCACGAUUAUGGAAGCGAAACUUAAUCAAGUCAAACCGAAACCCACAAUCACUUGGCUUCGAGAUGGGAAAGAAUUUAAGAGCGAUGAUCAUUUUGUCCUCAUCGAAGAAGAAGAUGGAACUCUUCAAAUGAAAAUUAUUACUACCAAAAUGGAGGACAAGUGCAGGAUUACGAUAAAAGCAGAAAAUUACUUUGGGGUUGCAGAAUGUUCCGCCUCUUUGGGAGUCAUCAAACCACGUCCUAUGGCCAAGCCUGCAUUCCAGAGUGAUAUUGCUCCAAUUAACCUCACCGAGGGUGAUUCUCUCCAGACUAAAUUAUUAAUUACUGGUGAUCCACCACCAUUUGUGAAAUGGUACAUCAAUAAUCAGCUGGUCUGCCCAACAGAAGACACAGAAAUUAUAAAUGUGGAUGGCGUUUACUCGCUGACCAUCCAUGGUGUUACUGCUGACAUGACAGGAAAGAUCAAAUGUGUUGCUUAUAAUAAGAUGGGUGAAGUAACCACAGAGGGAGACCUCAAGGUGGUUGCUCCGAUCCCAGUGGAAUUUGAAACUUCACUUUGCGAUGCUACCUGCCGAGAAGGUGACACCCUUAAGUUGAAAGCAGUCCUGCUCGGAGAACCAACGCCAGUGGUGUCGUGGUAUGUUAACGGUAAAAAGCUCGAGGAAACCCAGAAUAUCAAGAUCCAUGCUGAGAAAGGAACAUAUACCGUCACUAUCAAGGACAUCACAUGCGAUUACAGCGGAAAGGUUGUUUGCGAAGCUGUGAACGAAUACGGUAAAGCAUCCAGUGAAGCUAUGCUAUUGGUGCUUCCACGUGGUGAACCACCAGACUUCCUGGAAUGGCUCAGUAAUGUUCGGGCUCGACAAGGAUCCAAAGUAGUUCACAAGGUUGUUUUCACUGGUGAUCCGAAACCAACGCUUACCUGGUACAUCAAUAACAAAGAAGUCACGAAUUCAAAGGAAAUCUCCAUUGUUACUGAUGACAAAACUUCUGUACUAACGAUCAAUAACUUCAAUCCGGAGGUCCAUGUCGGCGAGAUCAUCUGCAAGGCCGAAAACGAUGCUGGUGAAGUGUCGUGCACUGCAAAUAUGGCCACGUACACCAGUGAGAUGUUCAGCGAAAGCGAAUCUGAGGCACAAGCUGAGGAGGUGAUUGGCGAUGACAUGACGCUGACUGACGACGAAUCCCUCCGUGACGAACUCAUAAGGACGCCGACGCCUGUAAUGGCGCCAAAAUUCAUCACGAAAAUCAAGGAUUCCAGAGCAAAACGAGGUCACGAGGCGAUUUUCGAAUGUGUUGUGCCGGAUACGAAAGGAGUCGUCUGUAAAUGGCUGAAAGAUGGUAAAGAAAUCGAAUUGAUUGCUCGUAUUCGUGUGCAGACUCGAACCAUUGAGGGACAUACGACACAAGAACUGAUUAUUGAGGACGUCCGGCCGGAAGAUGCCGGUACUUACACCGUUAUCGUCGAAAACACGGCUGGUCGUGAUGUAUGUGAAGCGACACUUACUGUCGUUGAGCAACUUGAUAAGAUUCCUGACAGAGCGCCGGAGUUCAUAGUCCAACUCCAGGACAAGACGACUAUGACCAACGAAAAGGUCACCUUCGAAUGUAAAGUGGUCGGUGAACCGCAGCCAAACGUGGUCUGGUACCAUGAUAAUAAAGUUCUUGAAGAGCACGCCAAAGAGGUAAUCAUCGAAAGUGAAGAAGGCAUUCAAAGGCUCGUGAUCACAUCCACCGAGGUCAAGCACGAAGGCAAGUACAGUUGUGUUGCCGAAAAUGUAGCCGGCUCCAGCAGAACAGAAGCGACGUUAAAUGUCCAUGCACCACUCGCACCAACAUUCACAAAGUCGCUCACGGAUCAAUCAGUAUCUAUCGGCGAUCAGUUUAUUCUUUUCUGUUCCGUAAAAGGCACACCACAGCCAAUUGUAGAAUUUUAUCAUGAGUCAGUAAGACUGCGCUCAUCUGACAGAGUAUCAAUCGAACACGAUGUUACAAACACUUACUGGAGAAUACUAAUCAAAGAGAGUUUAGAAAAAGACUUAGGGCGAUACCGCGCAAUUGCAAAAAAUACAGUAGGCACUGCUAUCUCAGAAGCAACAGUUGCCAGAUCAUGCGUGGCUCCAAUGUUUGAACAGAUUCUAAAAAGCACAUCGGUGAAGGAGAGCGAGGAGAUAAGGAUGGAGGUAAAGGUAACUGGCACGCAACCAGAAGUAUGUUGGUUCAUGAACGACAAACUGAUCACGGAAGAUGAAGUGCACGAAAUCAGGAAAAGUGAAUCCACGCACACUUAUAGUCUGAUCGUCAAGAAGGCCAGUCUCACAGAUGCCGGCAAAUACACCGCCAAAGCAAAGAACGUCGCCGGAAGCGUGGAAAGUUCAGCUGAAGUUAUCGUAAUUCAGGCGUUAGAAAAACCCACAUUCAUUAAAGAACUGACGUCCACAGAAGUGAAAGUUAGCGAAACGGCAACGUUGAGGGUUUCUGUGAAAGGCACCCCUGCUCCAGAAGUAUCGUGGAAGAAAGACGGUCAGCCUGUGGACAUUGACAACGUUCAUAUCGUAUCAAAGAAAGAUAGCGAGGAAAAUUUCUCAAUAACAAUCAACUCUGCACGUGUAGAGGAUGCAGGAAGAUAUACUUGCGAAGCCAAGAAUGUGGCCGGUACUACUGAAUGCUCAGCAAGCUUUGCCGUUGUCAAGGACGUAGAAGGACCGCAAUUUACGGAGAAACUCCAGCCAAUCCAAGUCAAGGAAAUGGAGACGGUAAAACUGUCAGUGACUGUUACUGGAACUCCUGAACCACAGGUUGAAUGGUUUAAAGACGACAGACCAGUAGAAAUUGACAACAUUCACACAAUUGCUAAAGAAGAGGGCAGCGGUCACUUCACGUUGACAAUCAAUGAGAGUAAAGUGACUGAUAUUGGGAGAUACUCCUGUAAGGCGACAAAUGCAGCUGGUGAAGCUAGAACUGAGGCAACUGUUCAUGUCGCCAAGGAAUCCGCGGCUCCACAAUUCACUGAGUACCUCAAACCUAUAGAGGCCAGAGAGACGGAAACAGUGAAACUAUCAGUGACAGUGAUAGGAAUACCAGAACCAAAAGUGUCAUGGUUCAAGGAUGACAGACCUGUUGAGAUUGACAACGUCCAUACAAUUGCGAAGGAUGAAGGGAGCGGUCACUUCACAUUGACGAUCCAGAAUUCUAAAGUGACAGAUGUUGGCAGAUAUUCUUGUAAGGCCACCAACAUAUAUGGGGAAGCCAGAAGCGAAGCAACAGUCCACAUUGCCAAAGAAUCUGCAGCUCCAGAGUUCACUGAAUACUUGAGAGCUGUUCAGGUCAAAGAGAAAGAGACCGUGAAACUGUCGGUGACCAUAGCUGGAGAGCCACAGCCCCAAGUUUCUUGGUACAAGGAUGAGAAACUCGUUGAAAUUGACAAUGUCCAUAUCAUUGCCAAAGAUGAGGGUCGUGGACAGUUUACACUGACUAUCCAUGAGAGUAAAGCGACUGAUACUGGCAGAUAUUCCUGUAAGGCCACCAACAUAUAUGGGGAAGCCAGAAGCGAAGCAACAGUCCACAUUGCCAAAGAAUCUGCAGCUCCAGAGUUCACUGAGUACUUGAGAGCUGUUCAGGUCAAAGAGAAAGAGACAGUGAAACUGUCGGUGACCAUAGCUGGAGAGCCACAGCCUCAAGUUUCUUGGUACAAGGAUGAGAAACUCGUUGAAAUUGACAAUGUCCACAUCAUUGCCAAAGAUGAGGAUAUUCUUGUAAGGCCACCAACAUAUAUGGGGGAAGCCAGAAGCGAAGCAACAGUCCACAUUGCCAAAGAAUCUGCAGCUCCAGAGUUCACUGAAUACUUGAGAGCUGUUCAGGUCAAAGAGAAAGAGACCGUGAAACUGUCGGUGACCAUAGCUGGAGAGCCACAGCCUCAAGUUUCUUGGUACAAGGAUGAGAAACUCGUUGAAAUUGACAAUGUCCACAUCAUUGCCAAAGAUGAAGGUCGUGGACAGUUUACACUGACUAUCCAUGAGAGUAAAGCGACUGAUACUGGCAGAUAUUCUUGUAAGGCCACCAACAUAUAUGGGGAAGCCAGAAGCGAAGCAACAGUCCACAUUGCCAAAGAAUCUGCAGCUCCAGAGUUCACUGAAUACUUGAGAGCUGUUCAGGUCAAAGAGAAAGAGACCGUGAAACUGUCGGUGACCAUAGCUGGAGAGCCACAGCCUCAAGUUUCUUGGUACAAGGAUGAGAAACUCGUUGAAAUUGACAAUGUCCACAUCAUUGCCAAAGAUGAAGGUCGUGGACAGUUUACACUGACUAUCCAUGAGAGUAAAGCGAGUGAUACUGGUAAAUAUUCUUGCAAAGCGACUAAUAUAUAUGGGGAAGCCAGAAGCGAAGCAACAGUCCACAUUGCCAAAGAAUCUGCAGCUCCAGAGUUCACUGAAUACUUGAGAGCUGUUCAGGUCAAAGAGAAAGAGACCGUGAAACUGUCGGUGACCAUAGCUGGAGAGCCACAGCCUCAAGUUUCUUGGUACAAGGAUGAGAAACUCGUUGAAAUUGACAAUGUCCACAUCAUUGCCAAAGAUGAAGGUCGUGGACAGUUUACACUGACUAUCCAUGAGAGUAAAGCGAGUGAUACUGGUAAAUAUUCUUGCAAAGCGACUAAUAUAUAUGGGGAAGCCAGAAGCGAAGCAACAGUCCACAUUGCCAAAGAAUCUGCAGCUCCAGAGUUCACUGAGUACUUGAGAGCUGUUCAGGUCAAAGAGAAAGAGACAGUGAAACUGUCGGUGACCAUAGCUGGAGAGCCACAGCCUCAAGUUUCUUGGUACAAGGAUGAGAAACUCGUUGAAAUUGACAAUGUCCACAUCAUUGCCAAAGAUGAAGGUCGUGGACAGUUUACACUGACUAUCCAUGAGAGUAAAGCGACUGAUACUGGCAGAUAUUCUUGUAAGGCCACCAACAUAUAUGGGGAAGCCAGAAGCGAAGCAACAGUCCACAUUGCCAAAGAAUCUGCAGCUCCAGAGUUCACUGAGUACUUGAGAGCUGUUCAGGUCAAAGAGAAAGAGACAGUGAAACUGUCGGUGACCAUAGCUGGAGAGCCACAGCCUCAAGUUUCUUGGUACAAGGAUGAGAAACUCGUUGAAAUUGACAAUGUCCACAUCAUUGCCAAAGAUGAGGGUCGUGGACAGUUUACACUGACUAUCCAUGAGAGUAAAGCGACUGAUACUGGCAGAUAUUCUUGUAAGGCCACCAACAUAUAUGGGGAAGCCAGAAGCGAAGCAACAGUCCACAUUGCCAAAGAAUCUGCAGCUCCAGAGUUCACUGAAUACUUGAGAGCUGUUCAGGUCAAAGAGAAAGAGACCGUGAAACUGUCGGUGACCAUAGCUGGAGAGCCACAGCCUCAAGUUUCUUGGUACAAGGAUGAGAAACUCGUUGAAAUUGACAAUGUCCACAUCAUUGCCAAAGAUGAAGGUCGUGGACAGUUUACACUGACUAUCCAUGAGAGUAAAGCGAGUGAUACUGGUAAAUAUUCUUGCAAAGCGACUAAUAUAUAUGGGGAAGCCAGAAGCGAAGCAACAGUCCACAUUGCCAAAGAAUCUGCAGCUCCAGAGUUCACUGAAUACUUGAGAGCUGUUCAGGUCAAAGAGAAAGAGACCGUGAAACUGUCGGUGACCAUAGCUGGAGAGCCACAGCCUCAAGUUUCUUGGUACAAGGAUGAGAAACUCGUUGAAAUUGACAAUGUCCACAUCAUUGCCAAAGAUGAAGGUCGUGGACAGUUUACACUGACUAUCCAUGAGAGUAAAGCGACUGAUACUGGCAGAUAUUCCUGUAAGGCCACCAACAUAUAUGGGGAAGCCAGAAGCGAAGCAACAGUUCACAUUGCCAAAGAAUCUGCAGCUCCAGAGUUCACUGAGUACUUGAGAGCUGUUCAGGUCAAAGAGAAAGAGACAGUGAAACUGUCGGUGACCAUAGCUGGAGAGCCACAGCCUCAAGUUUCUUGGUACAAGGAUGAGAAACUCGUUGAAAUUGACAAUGUCCACAUCAUUGCCAAAGAUGAGGGUCGUGGACAGUUUACACUGACUAUCCAUGAGAGUAAAGCGACUGAUACUGGCAGAUAUUCUUGUAAGGCCACCAACAUAUAUGGGGAAGCCAGAAGCGAAGCAACAGUCCACAUUGCCAAAGAAUCUGCAGCUCCAGAGUUCACUGAGUACUUGAGAGCUGUUCAGGUCAAAGAGAAAGAGACCGUGAAACUGUCGGUGACCAUAGCUGGAGAGCCACAGCCUCAAGUUUCUUGGUACAAGGAUGAGAAACUCGUUGAAAUUGACAAUGUCCACAUCAUUGCCAAAGAUGAGGGUCGUGGACAGUUUACACUGACUAUCCAUGAGAGUAAAGCGACUGAUACUGGCAGAUAUUCUUGUAAGGCCACCAACAUAUAUGGGGAAGCCAGAAGCGAAGCAACAGUCCACAUUGCCAAAGAAUCUGCAGCUCCAGAGUUCACUGAAUACUUGAGAGCUGUUCAGGUCAAAGAGAAAGAGACCGUGAAACUGUCGGUGACCAUAGCUGGAGAGCCACAGCCUCAAGUUUCUUGGUACAAGGAUGAGAAACUCGUUGAAAUUGACAACGUGCGCAUUAUUGCGAGAGAUGAGGGUAACGGACAUUUUACGCUGACAAUUCAUAACAGUAGUGUGACAGAUGCUGGGCAAUACCUUUGUAAAGCAAAGAAUGUUUCCGGAGAAAGUAAAAUUGAAGCGACAGUCCGUGUUGAGACGUUGAUGAAAGAACAGGCACCACUCGCACCUACAUUCACAAAGCCGCUCACGGACCAAUCAGUAUCGAUCGGCGACCAACUCGUUCUGUUUUGUUCCAUAAAAGGCAUGCCGCAGCCGACUGUAGAAUUCUACCACGAAACUGUUAGAAUACGGUCAUCUGAGAGGAUAUCUAUCGAACACGAUGCGUCAAAUACUCACUGGAGGAUAUUGAUGAAAGAAAGCGUUGAAGAAGAUCUGGGAAAGUAUCGUGCUGUAGCAAAGAAUACCGUAGGAACCGCUAUUUCAGAGGCUACAGUGACGAGGAAGAGCGUACCGCCAAUGUUUGAACAAGGCCUAAAGAGCACAUCGGUGAAGGAGAGCGAGGAGAUAAGGAUGGAAGUAAAGGUAACUGGCACCGAACCAGAAGUAUGUUGGUUCAUGAAUGACAAACUGAUCACGGAAGAUGAAGUGCACGAAAUCAGGAAGAGUGAAUCCACGCACACUUAUAGUCUGAUUGUCAAGAAGGCCAGUCUCACAGAUGCCGGCAAAUAUACCGCCAAAGCAACGAACCUCGCCGGAAGCGUGGAAAGUUCAGCUGAAGUUAUCGUAAUUCAGGCGUUAGAAAAACCCACAUUCAUUAAAGAACUGACGUCCACAGAAGUGAAAGUUAGCGAAACGGCAACGUUGAGGGUUUCUGUGAAAGGCACCCCUGCUCCAGAAGUAUCGUGGAAGAAAGACGGUCAGCCUGUGGACAUUGACAACGUUCAUAUCGUAUCAAAGAAAGAUAGCGAGGAAAAUUUCUCAAUAACAAUCAACUCUGCACGUGUAGAGGAUGCAGGAAGAUAUACUUGCGAAGCCAAGAAUGUGGCCGGUACUACUGAAUGCUCAGCAAGCUUUGCCGUUGUCAAGGACGUAGAAGGACCGCAAUUUACGGAGAAACUCCAGCCAAUCCAAGUCAAGGAAAUGGAGACGGUAAAACUGUCAGUGACUGUUACUGGAACUCCUGAACCACAGGUUGAAUGGUUUAAAGACGACAGACCAGUAGAAAUUGACAACAUUCACACAAUUGCUAAAGAAGAGGGCAGCGGUCACUUCACGUUGACAAUCAAUGAGAGUAAAGUGACUGAUAUUGGGAGAUACUCCUGUAAGGCGACAAAUGCAGCUGGUGAAGCUAGAACUGAGGCAACUGUUCAUGUCGCCAAGGAAUCCGCGGCUCCACAAUUCACUGAGUACCUCAAACCUAUAGAGGCCAGAGAGACGGAAACAGUGAAACUAUCAGUGACAGUGAUAGGAAUACCAGAACCAAAAGUGUCAUGGUUCAAGGAUGACAGACCUGUUGAGAUUGACAACGUCCAUACAAUUGCGAAGGAUGAAGGGAGCGGUCACUUCACAUUGACGAUCCAGAACUCUAAAGUGACUGAUGUUGGCAGAUAUUCUUGCAAAGCCACUAAUGAAGUUGGAGUUGCUCAAACCGAAGCUUCAAUUGUUAUAGCAAAAGAAUCGAAAGCGCCUGAAUUUACGGAAGUUCUGCGACCAGUUGAGGUCAAAGAAACUGAAACAGUCAAUUUGUCAGUAACAGUGAUAGGAGUGCCUCAGCCGCAUAUAACAUGGUACAAAAACGACGUUGCAAUAAACAUUGAUGGGGUUCAUGUUCUUUCAAAGGAUGAAGGCAAUGGACACUUCACACUCAGCAUCAAAGAGGCUCUUACCACAGAUGUUGGUGUCUACUCAGCCAGAGCCACCAACGAAGUUGGAGAAGCUCGUAGCGAUGCAUCCGUCAAUGUAGGCAAGCUGUCAACUGCUCCUCUCUUCACAGAAGAGUUGAAACCUAUCGAAGUUAAAGAGACCGAAACAUUGCUGUUGUCAGUAUCAGUGACAGGAACCCCACAACCGGAACUAACAUGGUUUAAGGAUAACGUCAAAAUCGACGUUGACAACGUCAGAGUUGUUGUCAAAGAAGAGGCACCUGGUCGAUACACGUUGGAAAUUAAGGAUGCACGUUUGACUGACAUAGGAAAAUACACUUGUAAAGCUAGUAGUGCAGCAGGAGAAGCACAAACAGCCGCUCAUAUGGCUGUCAUCGAGGAUCUCGUUGUCCCACACUUUGUGGAGGGGCUGAAACCUUUAGAGAUAGAAGAAGGCAAACCUGCUGAACUUUCUUGUACCGUUGUUGGUAAGCCAGAACCAGAAAUUGUCUGGUUAAGAGAUGGUGUACCAGUGCAAAUCGAUGACUCUCACGUGAUCAGUAAAGACGCUGAGGGAAAGAAUACGCUGAUAAUUAAGGAUACACGCGCUAGUGACGUCGGAACCUACACUUGUCAGGCUACUAACAAGGCAGGCAAGGAUGUCAGCGUGGCGGACAUAAAAAUCCCGAAAUACGGUUUUGAGAAGAUUAAGGCGGAGCAGGUUGAGCCCCUUUUCAUUGAGCCUCUUCAAGAGGCAGUAGCCGCUGAGGGGAAGACAGUCGUUCUGGAAUGCCGAGUUAACAAGGAAUCCCAACCAGAGAUUCGCUGGUUCAAAGAUGACGCUCCAAUCGAACUUGGUCAGCACAUGGUUAUGGAAACUCUGGAAGACGGCAAAAUCAAACUCACCAUCCACAAUACAACCAAAGAAGAUAUUGGCUCAUAUCGUUGUGAAGCGGUGAACGUAGCUGGUAAAGCCAAAACUGAAGCCAGACUACAGUACGCCACUUCCGUGCAGGAAAUCGUCGCAGAUGAAAGUGAACAACUCGCUGAGAUUACACCGGACACCGCACGCCCAGCGGAAGCCGUAGAGACUAAAGCCGGCCGAGGACCGCCGGAAUUUGUAGAGUUGUUGCGAUCAUGUACUGUGAACGAAAAGCAACAAGCUGUAUUGAAAUGUAAGGUGAAGGGUGAGCCGAGACCAAAGAUCAAAUGGACGAAAGAAGGAAAGGAGGUGGAGAUGUUGACGCGUAUCCGCACCGAAUACAAAGAUGAUGGCACAUUGACAAUGACAAUUGACGAAGUAACGCAGCAGGAUGCUGGAGAGUACAGAUGCUAUGCCGAAAAUGAGCUGGGCAGUGCUUGGACUGAGGGUCCAAUUAUUAUCGCCGCUUUCGGAGCUCCACCUCAAGAAGGAGAAGCCCCCGAUUUUAUCAUGCCUGUACGGCCAGUUGUGGUUGGUGAAGGAGAGACAGCCGUCUUGGAGGGUAAAAUCUCCGGAAAGCCGAAACCCACUGUCAAAUGGUACAAGAACGGUGAACUGCUCAAGCCCUCGGACAAAGUUGUCAUGGAAUCCUUGGAUGAUGGCACACAACGUUUAACGGUGAAAGACGCCACUAUGAACGAUAUGGAUGAAUAUCGAUGCGAGGCUUCUAAUGAGUUUGGUGAUGUAUGGAGUGAUGUUACGUUGACUGUGAAAGCAAAACCACAGGAAGCGCCAUCAUUUGAGAAAACUCUAGUUGAAGUGGCCGUUGUUGAAGGCGAAACUGCUACAUACGAAUGUAAGGUGACCGGACAACCUCAACCUGAGAUCAAAUGGUUCAAGGACAAGGAAGAGAUUUCAUCCACCGAUCAACAUUUCGUGCAGACCAGAGAAGCGGACGGUACUGCUCGCCUUGUUAUCAGAUCGGCUAAGGUGAAAGAUUCUGGUGAGAUUCGCUGUGAAGCUCGAAACCCAGUUGGUACGGCUCGCACGGAUGCACCGCUUACCGUAACCAUUCCGGAAGAAGAGGUCGCACCUGAAUUCGCUCGUGAUUUGACAGCCUGCCAAGUUCAGGAGGGAGAAAUUGCGCAAUUCGAGUGCAAGGUCAAAGGCACUCCGCUUCCUGUUGUUCGAUGGUUCAAAGACGGUGAAGAACUCAAACCUGGCGAUGGCAUAAAGAUUGAAUCCCUUCCGGAUGGCACUAAUAGGUUGACCAUUGACAAAGCAAAACUUGCUGAUCAGGGCAAUUACCGCGUGGAAGCGACAAAUGCUGCUGGAUCAAUGAGCAGCAAAGCACCAUUAUCAGUACAAGCUCCAGAGACACUGAAGAUCAAGAAGCCACUAAGCGAUGUCAACACCGAAAGAGGAACCAAGAUUCUACUGUCUGUUGAAGUUGAAGGAAAGCCUAAGACUGUAAAAUGGUAUAAGGGCACCGAACAAGUCACCACAACCAGCACCACAAAGAUCGAACAGGUUUCUGACGUUGAAUACAAACUCGUUGUCGAAAACUGUGAAAUGACCGAUGCGGGCGCGUAUCGUGUUGUUCUAUCUACUGAAAGCGAAUCCGUCGAAUCUAGCUGCACAGUAACCAUCAGUGAGAAGGCCGUUAAGGUCUCAAUGCCAUCGUUCAAGAAGGGUCUCAAUGACCAAACUGUUCCCAAGGGACAAACACUUGUGCUCGAAGUUGAAGUGGAAGGACAACCGAAGAAAGUGAAAUGGUAUAAGAAUGGUGACGAGCUUAAAGAUGCGAAGGCCGAAGAUCUUGGUAAUGGAAAGUAUCGGCUUACUGUACCCGAUUUCAAAGACUCCGACGUUGGUGAGUACAGCGUCACUGCUGAAAACGACGUCGGUGAAGUGGAGAGUAAAUCAAAGGUCACUCUGCAAGGACCCACUGAUGACGGUAAAGGUAAACCAGAGAUCGUCUCUGGAUUGGUUCCAACUACUGUCAAACAAGGCGAAACAGCAAUGUUCUCGGUGAAAGUUAAAGGACCUGUCAAGACUGUGAAAUGGUAUAAAAAUGGCAAAGAAGUACCGGAUGCAAAGACCAAGGACAACAGUGAUGGUUCCUAUGAGCUCAGCGUUCCGAAUGCUCAGAAGGAGGAUAUGGCUGACUACAAGGUUGUCAUCUCGAACGAUGCCGGUGACGCUGAGUCCUCCGCUGCCCUCACUGUCAAGUUGCCAGGGAUCGAAAUUGUUAAAGGACUUGCUGAUACUACAGUACCCCAGAAGCAAACCGGAACCUUGGAGAUCGAAACCAAUAAACCGCCGAAGGAAGUGAAGUGGUAUAAGAAUGGCAAGGAAAUCACACCAUCCGAUAAAGCUCAACCAAAAAAAGUUGACAAUAACAAGUAUCAGCUCGUUAUUCCGGAUGCUGGCAAGGAUGAUACGGCAGACUACAAGGUGGUGCUUACCGAUGAUGAUGGUAACAAUGCUGAGUCAUCUUGUGCGUUGACAGUUAAACUGCCCGGAAUUGAAAUUGUCAAAGGAUUGGAGGAUACCUCGGUACCUAAAGGACAAAAAGCUGUGCUCUCCGUUGAGACUUCCCAGCCACCGAAACAGAUCAAAUGGUACAAAAAUGGUAAGGAGUUGUCACCAAGCGACAAGGCAAAGCCGGAGAAGGUCGCCGACAACAAGUACCAGCUCGUUAUUCCUGAUACUGGCAAGGAUGACACCGCUAAUUACACGGUGAUGCUAACUGACGAUGAUGGUAACAAUGCCGAGUCAUCAUGCGCACUGACCGUUAAACUGCCUGGAAUUGAAAUUGUCAAGGGUCUAGAGGACACAUCGGUGCCUAAAGGACAAAAAGCAGUGUUGUCUGUAGAGACUAACGGACCACCGAAAGAGAUUAAAUGGUACAAAAAUGGCAAAGAACUCUCUCCAUCUGACAAGGCAAAACCAGAAAAAGUUGCGGAUAACAAGUAUCAACUUCUUAUUCCCGACACUGACAAGGAUGACACGGCUGACUAUAAGGUCGUUCUCAUUGAUGACGACGGUAACAGCGCUGACUCAUCGUGUGCCCUUACGGUCAAACUACCGUCACCCAUAGAGAUUGUGAAAGGACUAGAGGACACAACCGUACCUAAGGGACAAAAAGCCGUGCUCGAGGUGGAGAGCAGCAAGCCGCCCAAGCAGGUCAAAUGGUACAAAAACGGUAAAGAAUUAUCCCCAUCUGACAAAUCAGAACAUAAGCAAAUCGGUGACAAUAAGCAUCAAUUGGUUAUUCCCGACGCUAAUGAUGAGGAUACCGCUGACUACAAGGUUAUUCUCACCGAUGACGACGGCAACACCGCUGAUUCGUUCUGUUCUCUUACCGUACGACUUCCUGACAAAGAACCGAAGAUCAUUAAAGGACUUGGAGAUCGUACAGUACCCUGUGGGCUACCAACUAUCUGGGAAGUGGAGACCGAAAACGAACCACGAGUUGUCAAGUGGUACAAAAACGGUAAGGAACUGGCGGGAGCAGCAGCGGCACAGGUGAAAAUAUCCAAGAUCGACGAUAACCAUUACACGCUUGAGAUCCCGAAAUGUGCUGUUGAAGACAGCGGUGACUACAAGGUUGAGGUUUCAAAUGAUGCUGGUAUGGCGAACAGCAGCGGCAAGCUCACUGUCGAGCCACAAAUUACCUUCCUCACUCCACUUAAGGAUCAAGAAAUCACGGAGGGUGAAAAUGCCGAAUUCCAAGUCGAAACCAACGCUAAACCACAUAUUGUUAAAUGGUACAAGAAUGGACAGGAGAUCACUCCGGAUGCGAGAUUUGUCAUUUCCGGAGAGGACACCAAGUACAAACUGGUUAUUAAGAAUGCCAUCCGCGAGGAUGCCGCUGAAUUCAAGGUGAUUCUGUCUAACUCCGCUGGUGACGCCGAUUCGUCUGCUAAACUCACAGUCAAGAAAGCCAAGCCAGGAGUGCCGAAGAUCAUUAAAGGAUUGGAGGAUCAGAUAGUAGCCAAAGGAGCCUCACUUGUCUUUGAAGUCAAGGUUGAAGGCGAAGUGGAAGAGGUUCGAUGGGCCAAGGAUACGGUGCCAAUCAUAGCCGGAACUAACGCCAUUAUUGAGAAGGUCGACGAUCAAACAUAUCGAUUGACAAUCCCUAAGGCAGAUUUCGAUAACGCUGGACAUUACACUGUAGAGGCGAUUAACGAGAGCGGAAAGGCUGCCUCCGACGCUAAGGGUGAAGUUGACGAGAAACCCGAAAUUGUCAAAGGGCUUAACGACAUCGAAGUGUCUGAGGGAGACGAUGAAGUUUUCAAGGUCGAAGUCUCCACACCGGUCCGCACUGUAAAAUGGUAUAAGAAUGGUCAAGAACUCAAACCAUCAAUUCAUAUGGAACAGAAGAAGAUUGGGCCUAAGAAAUAUGAACUCGCUAUCAACAGAGCCGAAAUGGACGAUGGAGCAACUUAUAGGGUUGUGCUAUCGAAUGCUGCUGGCGAAUGCGAUUCAUCUGCUCAGCUUACGGUAACAAAACCGAAUAUUUUGAAGAUGUUAGAAGGACUUAAAGAUAUUGAUGUGGACGAGGGACAACCGAUAGAAUUGAAGGUCAAAGUUGAAGGAAUGCCUAAGACAGUGAAAUGGUAUAAGAAUGGAGCUGAGAUCACUCCUAGCGAUCAUCUACAACUGAAGGAGAAUCCAGAAACCGGCGAGUAUUCGCUUCUGAUUCCGCAAUCGGAAAAGAGCGAUGGUGCCGCAUAUCGUAUCUUAUUGGCGAAUGACAAGGGCGAGAUCUACAGUGGUUCGAUUGCACAUGUGAAGACGCCAAAACUAAAGGAUAUCGUGAAACCGGCUAAUUUCCUGUCACCUCUGGAAGACACCGAAGUUCUCGAAGGAGAAACUCUCACGUUGAAAUGUGUUGUCGCCGGUGAUCCAUUCCCAGAGCUUACAUGGACAAAGGAUGGCGUUGAACUGGAGAAAGACGAACGCUUGGUAAUGCGCGUUGCACUGGAUGGAACGGCUACGCUCAGAAUUCGUGACGCUAAAAAAUCAGACUUCGGACAAUAUCGUAUCACCGCCAAAAAUGAAGGAGGAACGGAAACAAGUGCUUGCCAGGUCACCGUGAAAGAAAAAGGCGAAGAACCAUCAAAACCACGAUUCAUCAUUCCAUUGAAAUCAUGCGAGGCUGAAAUCGGCGCGAAACAGAUGUUUGAGGUGAAAGUGCGAGGGUUCCCGAAACCUACGCUUGAAUGGCUCCUCAACGAACAACCUCUCGUACUCGAUGACCGUGUCACUGUUGAAGACCUUGGAGCUGGGAACUACUGCCUUACAAUUAAGGAUGUCAGAGAAUCCGAUUACGGUACUUUGCGCUGCAGAGCCACUAAUGAACUUGGUAAAGAUGAAUGUCAAGCAGAAUUUGGUAGAUCAGGUGCACGAGGUGGACGCGAAACGGACGACCGUUAUCCACCGAGGUUCAACGUACCAUUGUGGGACAGGCGGAUCCCGAUCAACGAUCCGUUAUCGAUUGAGUGUCAUGUGGACGCGAAACCUACCGCAGAGAUCGAAUGGUUCAAAGAUGGCAAAAAGCUCGAGGCUAGCGAAUCGGUAGAGAUCCGAAACACUCCGGAUGGCGCUUGUCGCGUGAGGAUAGCCCGAUUUGGUCGAGAAGAAGUCGGUGUCUACCAAUGUGUGGCUACAAAUCCACUUGGCGUUGCUGAAACAAGAUCGACCUACACCGUCGAGGUAACCGAAGAAGAAGAGAUCGUAGAAAGGAAGGAAUAUGCUCCACGGUUCAACCCAGGCCUCCAGGAUAAGGCCGUCAAUGCUGGACAAAGCGUCCGAUUAUCUUGUGCUGUUGAUGCACUACCGAAGGCUGGUAUCGUUUGGUACAAGGAUGGACUUCCACUUCGAUCUGGAGGACGCUUCACAAUCACCUACUCGGAAGACGGUACUUGUACUCUGGAUAUCAAUGACGUUGUUGGAGGCGACGAAGGUGCCUACAGAUGUGUUGCUAGCAAUGAACAUGGUUCGACGAACACAAGCUGCUUAGUGUCUGUUAAGGUCCCUAAGACUGAGGCGAAGAAAGAAGGCGAGGAGCCGUUCUUCACCAAGGGACUUGUGGAUAUGUGGACGGAUCGUGGCGAAACAUUUACUAUGACAUGUGCCGUGAAAGGAGAUCCAUUCCCUGAGAUCAAAUGGUACCGCAACGGUACAUUGGUCCGUAGCACAGCCCGUACCAUCAUUGAGACCACAGAAGAAGGUAUUUGCUCCCUAACAGUCAAGGAAUGUACCAUGAGUGACGAGGGUAUUUAUCGCUGCGAAGCUGAAAACAAAUACGGAAAGGCGAAAACGCAAGCGACUACACACGUGCAAGUUUCGCUCGGCAAAGGUGAAGCACCGAAGCUCGAAAUGGGAUCUCCACCCAAAUUUGUCAUCCCACUUGAGGAUCAGACAGUGCUUCUCAAUGGAAUUAUCGAUCUGGAAUGCAAGGUUACCGGUCAACCUAUGCCGCAGGUGAAAUGGUCCAAGGACGGUGGUCCAAUCUGGGAAGACUCUAGGUAUCAAUGGGAAAUCGAUGAAGCCAAGGGAAUGUACCACCUUCGAAUAACGUCAGCCACCGUAAACGAUGAAGGAACGUAUCGUUGCGUUGCAACUAACGAAUCCGGAUCAGCUACUACUAAAUCAUUUGUUAGGAUUGAUGAUGGCAUGUUACCCGCCCAUGUACCCGCCACGAAUGUCCCACCGCGAUUCACCAUUCGACUCGGGGACGCUCGCGCUAUCGAGGGACAGCCGCUUCGACUCGAGUGCAAGGUGGAAGGUUCACCACUUCCAAAUCUCACAUGGCACAAGGAUGGAGCUCAGAUCCAGCCAUCGGAUCGCAUCCAGAUCACCAUGGAUCCCGACGGCACCGCACGUCUGGUAAUACCGCAGUGUUGUAUGGACGAUGAGGGUAUCUAUCGAGUAAUUGCCACAAACCCAUCUGGAUCCGCCCACGACAAAGGCAAUGCUACCGUUAAGCGUGCACCACGCGAUGCUGAACGACGUGAUGUUGGUCCCGACGAAUUUGACGCAAAUAAAGUGCCAAGACUCGUCGAACCACUUGAGAAUGUCAAGGUACCCGAAAAGCAACCGUUCCGUUUACGCUGCAAGUUCAGUGGCGAGGGAAAGUUGGCAAUAAAAUGGUUCAAAGAUGGAGAAAGGGUGUUCCCGUACGGAAGAUUGCAGCUGCAUGAAUCUUCCGAUGGCGUUUGUGAACUGGUGGUUGAAUCGUCUAGUCGACAAGAUGCUGGUUGGUAUCGAUGUGUGGCCGAGAAUGCGUACGGUUCGGCAAGGACGAACUGUGAAGUCACAGUAAUCCAAGAGCGUAAACCUGCUCCGGAUUUCGAUGCCACAUUGAAGGAAGGAAAAGCGCCAGGAUUUACUGUACCGCUCACAAUCAGACGGGCCAAACCAGGUGACAAAGUCAUCUUUGAGUGUGUCCCAUAUGGAAAUCCAUUCCCGCAGAUCAAAUGGCUUAAGGAUGGUAUUGAACUCACCGCUACGGAUAAAAUCAGCUUUGAAUCACUCCCGGAUGGUACACAACGCCUGCAUUUGACUGACGUGGACUUCUUCAGCGAAGGUUUCUUCCGCUGCGUAGCCACGAAUGAAUACGGUACAGCGUCAACGAAGGCGGAGCUUAGAAUCGAUGGUGAUCGUUCUAUGACUCGAGCACCACGUGACGAACCGACAGAGCCGGAAGAGUCGAAGCCACGAAUCCGUCGUGGACUCUACAAUCAAAGUAUUCAUCAGGGGAAUGUCGUGGAUAUGAUUGUAUGCGCCACCGGCUGGCCAACACCUACUGUGAAAUGGUUCAAGGAUGGCGAAGAAAUUGUCUCUGAUGGACCCACUGGUCGUCGCGUGAUCUUCACAGAUGAUCUGGGAAUUCAUCACUUGGUGAUACUGAACCUAUCACCUGAGGACGAAGGCGAUUAUUCGCUGGUGGCCACAAACAAACUUGGUGAAGCCAAAACAGAAGGUGCCCUCAGUGUGAUUCGACCUCGACAGGUUGAAAUGUACGGUCCUGAUGACAGGGAUGGCAUGCCAUUCCCACCUGGUUUCGUUCGACAACUGAAAAAUAAGCACGUGUUCACUCGAAUGCCGACGAUCUUUGACUGUUUGGUUGUUGGACAUCCAGCGCCUGAGGUGGAAUGGUUCCACAAUGGAAAACGGAUCAGUCCUAGUGGACGCAUAAAGAUACAGUCUUGUGCUGGCGGUUCUCAUGCGCUCAUCAUUCUUGGUACUACGGUAGAAGAUGCUGGAGAAUACGUGGCUGUUGCAAAAAAUUGUCAUGGAACCGCUUCAUCAUCGGCUAUUUUAGACGUGACUGUUCCUCACCUGGAUACCAUCAAAUUUGACGGUGCAAUUGAUGUUACUCCUUAUCUGACUGAGGAAUACGGUUUUAAGAAACUCAACUACUCCAGCUUGCCCACACCUCCUGACCGAGGUCCGUUCAUCAAAGAGGUCACCGGUCACUACCUCACCUUAUCGUGGAUUCCAACUAAACGAGCACCACCACGAUAUCCGCAAGUAUCGUAUGUUAUUGAGAUUAGAGAACUCCCGGAGAAAGAAUGGACCCUGCUCGACUACAACAUUCCUGAACCAGUAUGCAAGGUACGAAACCUUGAACUUGGCAAAUCCUACCAAUUCCGAGUCCGUGCAGAAAAUAUCUACGGUAUCUCUGAUCCAUCACCAGCAUCUCCACCAUCCAGGUUAAUGGCACCACCACAACCGGUGCUUGAUAAGAAAACCAAAAAAGUUAUACCAUUACUUGAUCCAUACGCGGAAAAAGCGCUCGAUUUAGCUUACGCUGAGCAGUACGCUUGUGCACCAUGGUUCGCUCCUGGCGUGAUCGACAAGAGGUACUGUGCUGAGAAUGAUGUCCUCUCGAUAACACUGAAUGUCGCUGGCUAUCCUGACCCGGAGAUUAAAUGGAAAUUCCGAGGAUGGGAUAUCGAUACAACCAGUCCCAUGUCCCAAUGUAAAGUCUUCACAAUUGGUGGCACAGAAACUACAUUGUUGAUCAACUCUUUCACUAAGGACAACGUUGGUCAAUAUCAAUGCUUUGCCACAAACGCAUAUGGUGAAGCACAACAGAACAUUAUGGUUGAUCUUGCUAUUCGUCCUAACUUUAUCCAACCGCUCUACAAUCGAACAUUUUCCGAUGCACAACCAAUGCGAUUGGACGUCCGCGUUGAGGGUCAACCAUUCCCCGAACUCAAAUGGCUUAAGGAAUGGCGACCCAUAGUGGAGUCAACACGUGUGAAAUUCGUUCAAGAUGGUCCGUAUUUGUGCUCGUUGAUUGUCACUGAUCCAAUGUGGCGCGAUAGCGGUAUCUACACAUGCAUCGCCGUUAACGACGCUGGACAAGCAACAACGUCAUGCUCGGUUACUGUAGAAGCUGAUGGUGAUUUCAACGAUGUAGAACUGCCGAAGAAACGUGCAAUGGUUGAAGCACGGAAGAUUCGUGAAAUCUACGAGAUUGCUGAAGAAGAUGAAACGCUUGCGGCAAGCGGCGCACCGUUCCGAGUACGUGAGCGACGAACUGCGGUUGAGUUUCUGGCUCAACUGAAACCACUAAGCGAUGCAUUGCAAAGGAAUGUUGACAUGUACAAUAGCGUGGAUCACGAGAACAUUGUGCGAUUCCACGAAGUGAUCAAAGAUGACGAUCUGGCAUUGAUCGUCUACGAGAACGCAACUAGCGCCCUCCUGGAUUCGUUCACUCAUCCUGGUGUCUCGAUUGGUGAACCAAUUGGAGAGGAUCGUGAACGUAUGGUUCAGAUAUUUGUCAGACAACUGUUACUGGCGCUAAAACACAUGCACGACAUGAGAAUUGCCCAUUUGGACUUGCGACCGGAAACGAUAUUACUGCAGGACAAUAAGCUGAAAUUGGCAGAUUUUGGACAAUCCAGGAGACUUUUACGUGGAUUGAUCACAGGAACAAUUCAAGGAUCUCCGGAAUUUGUCUCACCCGAAAUCGUUCGUGGAUAUCCGCUGACCCUUGCUACCGAUAUGUGGAGUGCUGGUACUCUUACCUACGUUUUACUAACCGGCAUUUCUCCAUUCCACGGUGACAAUGACAAUGAAACGCUGGCAAAUGUAAAUAAUUGUGCUUAUUCCGUCAAAGGCGAGGAAUGGCAACCAUUCACAUCCGAAGCAGCUGAUUUUGUGAAGAGUUUGCUGAAGGAAAUCCCUGGUGAACGACUAACAGUCGACGAAGCACUGGAACAUCCAUGGCUUUCCGAUCCACAUCUGAAGACCACACCAUUGUCGGCCGAUUCACUUAGAGAGUUCAAAUAUCAGCACAAAUGGCUGGAGCGACGGGUCUUUGUUCAACAAACACCAUCUGAACAGAUACUGGAAGCGAUCUUGGCUCCAUCCGUUACCACUAUCGAACCGCAGAAACGUCCAGGACCGGAAAGUGUUCGUCCUGUAGAAAUCUACGAUUAUCUACGGAUUAAAGAACGACCACCACCGCCGGUGGAGGACUUACCGCGAAGAAGACGUGAACAAGCAGAUCCAAGACAGUUUGGACCCAACGCUCCGCAACGUUUCGACCCUAGAGAUCCAAGGAAUCAACAACAAUUUGAUCCCCGGGAUCCACGAGCACAGUUUUUCGACCCCCGCGAUCCACGAUUACAACAAGACCCUCGCCGACAGGGUCGCCCUAUUCCUGUAGACAAAAGCGGCCGACCAAUACAGCCUAAGAAAAUCCCAUUGGAUCAGUACGGCCGCUUAUUCCGACCAGAAGACUUAGCCAGAAUUCCACACGACUCGUUUGGAAGACCGCUAGAUCUUGAUCAGCGUCUGCCACCCGAUCAGCUCGGAAGAGUUGUUGAUCCUCCAGAAGAACUACGACAGUCGCGACAAUUUGGACCAGUACCAGUCGACCGAUUUGGCCGUCCCAUCCAGUCACCUCCUAGACCACAAGACCAAGCUCGACCACCUCCUGACUAUAACGUUCAAGAGAAAAAGAAGCUAAUCCCUCAGCCUAAAGGUGAAACUCCUUCGAAGAAAGAGAUGAAGAGAAGUAGAGAGGAUGAAAUGGAGGAUGCUGGGUUGCCUUAUGUCCCACUCCGUAUGAUCCGCGGAGAGCAUCGGCAAAUUGAGGAAGAAAUUGCUAAUCGGAUUUUGUCCGAUAUAUCCGAAGAAGGUUCUAUGACUGGCAGCAUGGGAAGUAUGGAGGAUUUAGAGGCAAUCGUUGCACCGAAGAAGCUCGCUGAGCCGAAACCUCGCUCACGAUCCACUACGCCUAGAGCUGAAUCUGAUGCCUCCACGCCAACCAUAUCUCCUGUGAAUACGGUAAAGGAAAGCGAAUUCUUCAGCGAUAACGAUUUGAACGGUCUUCCUCCAAAGGAUAUUGAGGUGCUUGAACGAGCCGACAAUGAUCCAUCAAUUCCAGUCGGGGCUCCCCUCUUUCUCGAAGGACUUCACCCCAACACAAUGGUUCUCGAGACAAAACAGCGAACACCAUCUCCAGCUGGUUUGUCACCACGUCGCUCGAAACCAGGUACAAAGAGUCCCGUAUUGCUUUCACCCGGACGUGAACAUUCCAUGGAGGUGAUAAUUGCGACGAAACGUGGAAAACCCGGCUUUUUGCCACCGGGCGAAGUGGCACCGGAGAUCGACGAUGAAGACGCAAAAAUGGACGAAAGGAAAAAGAAGAUGAAGCCUCUUACGCAUAAGGAUGAGUUCCAGGAUUUGCGAGAUAAACUGAAACGUGAAGACGAGCGUAGGAAGGCCGACAGAGAGGAAUUAGAAAGAUAUCGUCCUAAGAAUAUCUACAAGGAUGACAUGGAGUUUGACAGACCAACAUAUGACGUAGAUGAUUCGCCAUGGGACUCUCACUAUCAGAUUGGUCCUGACACUUACCUGAUGGCCACCCGAGGCCCUUCGUUUAACAGUCGCGUUCGGGAUUAUCGUCGUGAACUUUGGGGCGAUGGUGCACCUCUGGUCACACAGGGUAUUCUCGGUUUUAGAAAUCAGGAUAUUACUGUCAGAGAACGAAGAAGAUACACGGAUAUUCUUCGCGAGAAACAAGCUGGUGUGCAACCGAAACCGAAUGAGCACGUCACUGCUCUGCAAAAGGCCCCAUCGCUGACGGCGAUCGAGAGAAUUAAGGCCGAUAUCGAGAAAGUAGCACCAAGUGCAACAAAAAGGAACGCAGACGGGACUUACGCUCCUAUUUUUGUAUCCCGUCUCCGUGACGUGUACCUUAAGAACGACUCAUUUGUGGUGUUCGAAUGUGCGGUUUCUGGAAGUCCUUCACCGAAAAUCGAAUGGCAAUUCCAAGGCAACACAUUGGAGAGCAAUGGGAAAUAUCAGAUUGAAAAGGGUCAGUCAAUAUGUCGACUGACCAUAUCGCAACCGGCCGUUUACGAUCUGGGAGAAUAUACUUGUACAGCCUUGAACGAGUACGGAAGCGACAAGACAACUAGCAGACUUAUCACAGGAGAAGCACCAUCACGCCCUGGUCGUCCAGAAUGCGAAUUCACAUCUGACACGGAGGCGUUCAUCACAUGGGAAGCUCCGGAGGGACCGACGUAUCUGGAGGGUAUCACCUACCGCUUGGAGUAUCGACAAGCCGGUAUUGAUGAUUACUUUGCACCAUGGGUGAUCAUCAGCGAUUCGGUGGAUGACGAGGGUGCUGUUGUUAAACACCUUGAACCGUUACGAUGCUAUCAAUUCCGUGUGACAGCCAGAAAUGGAUUCGGUCUAGGACAACCGAGUUUGAUCAGUAGAAUUAUUCAAGCAAAUGGAAGAGGAGCUGUAAAGCUACAAAUGGAAUCAUUGAGGGGAGAAUGUCGCUUCAAUGUGGUGUCAUUACCUCAGAAAACGUCUGCUCAUCAACUUGAGGGGAUUUCGGAGGAAAGUGAAGAGGACAUUUCAAGAGUCGAGCCGAGUGAUCCACAGCAAUUGCUCAACGAGGACCCCACAAAGAGAUUCCAGAUUGAAUCACUGCUCUUCAAAGGGAAGUACUCAGUUCUAAGACACUCAGUGGACUCCCAAAAGGAGGCUGGAGCACGUUGCGUGGCAAAGAUUAGGCCAUUGGACAACAAAACCACGAUGCGCGAAUACGAGACAUUGAAGGAGGCUCAGCACGAAAAUGUCCAACAUCUUGUCGCUGCUUACCAAUACAACGGGUUCCUCUACCUAUUUUGCGAGCGUCUUUACGAAGAUGUUUUCGCCCGAUUUUGUCAAAUCGACUACUAUACGGAAGAACAGGUUCGACUCACCAUUGGACAAUUAACCAGCGCACUUCAUUGGUUACACUUCAGAGGAGUAGUUCAUCUUGACGUGAACCCACAUAAUGUUAUGUUCCAAUCGAAGAGGAACUGGAUAGUCAAACUUGUCGAUUUUGGCAGCGCUCAGGUAUCCAGAAAUGCUGUUAAACCAGUAGAACUUGAUUUUGCCUGGGCAGCACCGGAACUUCACAUUAAGGACACCCCGGUCACCGUUCAAAGUGACGUCUGGGGCAUGGGCGUUAUCGCAUUCUGUCUAUUGGGCGGAUUCCAUCCAUUCACCUCCGAAUACGACCGUCCUGAAGAAGUUAAGGAGAACGUGAUGAACACUAAAUGCGAUCCGAAUUUGAUUCCUGUAAACGCCAGUCAAGAAGCACUCAGUUUUGUGACCUGGGCACUCAAGAAAAAUCCAUUACGACGUAUGCGUACAGAUGAAGCCCUCUCACAUCGAUUCCUUGCAUCCGAUCCGCAAAUGGUGCGGAGGAGAGAAUCGAUCAAAUAUGCUGCUUCGCGUUUACGAAAGACAGCACUGCUCACCAAGCAAAACCCGGGAAGACCGGAGAGCUCUGAGUUGGAAUUCAAAUUCGGUGGAAAAGUCAUACAAUAA